AUCUCAAACAAAUACUAGUUUUGUACAUACUGAAAAUCCUGUUAAAAUUUCAUCAAAACUUGAAGAACAAGACUUGAACAAAGAACUACCAUGGCAGCAUCACCAGCAUACCAAGCACAUCUUCCAACAUCACCAGAAUGGUUAAACAAAGGAGACAACGCAUGGCAAAUGACAGCAGCAACACUAGUUGGUUUACAAAGCAUGCCAGGACUAGUAAUUCUCUAUGCAAGCAUAGUGAAAAAGAAAUGGGCAGUGAAUUCAGCUUUCAUGGCACUAUAUGCUUUUGCAGCAGUAUUAAUCUGUUGGGUUCUUGUUGCUUAUAGAAUGGCUUUUGGUGAUGAACUUUUACCUUUCUGGGGUAAAGGUGCACCGGCUUUAGGACAAAAAUUUCUUGUUGCUAGAGCAAAAGUACCUGCAAGUACUCACUAUUACAAGAAUGGUGUUGAUAUUGAAACACCUAUGGAAGAACCUUUUUUUCCUAUGGCUUCACUUGUUUAUUUUCAGUUUACUUUUGCUGCUAUUACUAUGAUUUUGUUGGCUGGUUCUGUUCUUGGAAGAAUGAAUAUUAAAGCUUGGAUGGCUUUUGUUCCUCUUUGGCUUAUUUUUUCUUAUACUGUUGGUGCUUUUAGUCUUUGGGGUGGUGGAUUUCUUUAUCAUUGGGGUGUGAUUGAUUAUUCUGGUGGUUAUGUUAUUCAUCUUUCUUCUGGAAUUGCUGGUUUCACUGCUGCUUAUUGGGUUGGACCAAGGAUAAAGAGUGAUAGGGAAAGGUUUCCACCAAACAAUGUGUUGCUGAUGCUUGCAGGUGCUGGAUUGUUAUGGAUGGGUUGGUCAGGGUUUAAUGGUGGAGCACCAUAUGCAGCAAAUGUUGCAUCUUCAAUUGCUGUAUUGAACACAAACAUUUGUGCAGCAACUAGUCUUCUUGUGUGGACCUCUCUUGAUGUUGUUUUCUUUGGCAAACCUUCUGUGAUUGGAGCUGUUCAGGGUAUGAUGACUGGACUUGUAUGUAUCACACCAGGAGCAGGGCUUGUGCAAUCGUGGGCGGCUAUUGUGAUGGGAAUUCUAUCUGGUAGCAUUCCUUGGGUCUCCAUGAUGAUCUUGCAUAAAAAGUCGAGUCUUCUACAAAAGGUUGAUGACACUCUUGGAGUAUUUCACACACAUGCUGUGGCAGGCCUAUUGGGUGGCCUACUAACAGGACUCUUUGCAGAGCCAGCCCUAUGUAGAUUACUAUUGCCAGUGACAAAUUCAAGAGGUGCAUUCUAUGGUGGAAGUGGUGGUAUGCAAUUGCUAAAGCAAUUAGUGGCAGCAAUGUUUGUUAUUGGAUGGAACAUAGUCUCCACCACAAUCAUUCUCCUUGUUAUACAACUAUUCAUACCCUUGAGGAUGCCCGACGAGCAGCUCGAAAUCGGUGACGAUGCGGCUCACGGAGAGGAGGCUUAUGCCCUUUGGGGUGAUGGAGAAAAAUAUGAUCCAACUAGGCAUGGUUCGUUGAAUACUGGUAACACUGGAGUGUCACCUUAUGUUAAUGGUGCAAGAGGUGUGACUAUAAAUUUAUGAGUCACAACUUGCAAGUAUAGGUGUUUUGUGUAUGGAAGGUGUGAGGAGAAUUUUGAUUUUUCCCAUGGAAGAAAAGUUCUCAAGUUUUGAGAUCAAAUUGGUUGUGUGUAUUUAGUUCUUCUAGUCACCUUGAUUUUUGACAUUUUGUAGUUGAAAAUUAUUGUAAAGAAAAUAUUGAUGUAGCUAUGAAGUUAGAUUUGUCAAUUUUUUAUUGACCUGAAAGCUUCAGAAAAUUUCUUGUAGAAUUGGAACUAAAACGUCUAGUGAUUAAUUGUUACUUGUAUUUUUUGAGUUUAA